AUGACUGCUGUGUUAAGAUCCACGAACUUCUUAAGUCAUAAGAUUCCUGACGAAGAAAAACUCAUGAAUAUUUUAAAAAGAGAUUUAUAUAAUAUUUGUGAUACCUUUGAGGGUGUCAUUGUACGCAAAAGCUGUGAGAAGUUUUAUACCGAAUUUUAUCAAUGGAAUAUUGACCUGCAAAUUGCUGAGAGACGUCGGCUUCUGGAAUCAACUAUAUUUUCAGAACAAAAAUUUACAGAAUUCUUAGAAGCAUCGAGCAAAAAGCGAAUAGGGGAGGAAAAACGAGUUCGUCACAAUGAAUAUAAUGUGGAUUUCGUACCUGAAUUGUUUGAUUUACCUAACAAUCAGGAAGAAGGUGUUGAAUAUGAUGACGAAGUUAAAAAUCUUUUAGACGAAUCAGAAAUCCAUUUACAGGAAUUAUGCACAAUUUUAACCGAUUUUAGAACCUACCAACGUGAAGUAAAGAAUAUUCUUUCGGAAAACGGAAUAAUAGAUUUAAGUCCAUCUUCUGAAUUUGUUCUCCUGCAUCUAGAAGAAACGAAUUUUGACUCCUAUAAAUUAAUGUCUGAUAAUCCACUUAAAAAUAAAGAAAUAACUGAAGAGGACAACAAUGUAUUUGACUUUCAUCAUACUCUUGUAGAGGCAGCAAGGCUAUCAAAGCCUCCACAUAUUGAAAAAGUGUGA